CACUUCCGGAUAGGGGAGCCCGCGGAAGGCGGAAGUGUGUGAGUCGGUAGUGGCGAAAAGCAGUUGAGGUGUCACUAGAGUCGCCUACGGCCCUUGCGGCUCUGGUUUCGGAAGUUCGGAGGCGGUCACCAGAACGAGCGAAGGAGAAUGACUGUGAGGCGGCUGCGCGGCCCGGCGGGAUCUGGAGGCUGACCUGCCCCGCCGCCUGCUCCUGGGCCCGCUGCCCGCGCCGGCCAUCAGGAUGACCGCGGCCGCUGCCUCCAACUGGGGGCUGGUCACGAACGUCGUGAACAGCAUAGUGGGGGUCAGCGUGCUCACCAUGCCCUUUUGCUUCAAACAGUGUGGCAUUGUCCUGGGUGCCCUGCUGUUGGUCUUCUGCUCCUGGAUGACGCACCAGUCAUGCAUGUUCCUGGUAAAGUCUGCCAGCCUGAGCAAACGGAGAACCUACGCUGGCCUGGCAUUCCAUGCCUAUGGAAAAGCCGGGAAGAUGCUGGUGGAGACCAGCAUGAUUGGGCUGAUGCUGGGAACCUGCAUUGCUUUCUAUGUCGUGAUUGGUGAUCUGGGGUCCAACUUCUUUGCACGGCUCUUUGGGUUUCAGGUGAGUGGCACCUUCCGCAUGUUCCUGCUCUUUGGGGUGUCCCUGUGCAUUGUGCUCCCGCUCAGUCUGCAGAGGAACAUGAUGGCCUCCAUCCAGUCCUUCAGUGCCAUGGCCCUCAUCUUCUACACUGUCUUCAUGUUUGUGAUCGUGCUGUCCUCCCUCAAGCAUGGCCUCUUCAGUGGGCAGUGGCUGCAGCGGGUCAGCUAUGUGCGCUGGGAGGGUGUGUUCCGUUGCAUCCCCAUCUUCGGCAUGUCCUUCGCCUGCCAGUCCCAGGUCCUGCCUACCUACGACAGCCUGGACGAGCCGUCUGUGAAGACCAUGAGUUCCAUAUUCGCCUCCUCCCUCAAUGUGGUUACUACCUUCUACGUCACGGUGGGGUUUUGUGGUUACGUCAGUUUCACAGAGGCCACGGCAGGCAAUGUAUUGAUGCAUUUCCCCUCCAACCUGGUGACAGAGAUGAUCCGCGUGGGCUUCAUGAUGUCAGUGGCCGUGGGCUUCCCAAUGAUGAUCCUGCCCUGCAGGCAGGCUUUGAACACGCUGCUUUUCGAGCAGCAGCAAAAAGAUGGAACCUUUGCUGCUGGAGGCUACAUGCCCCCACUCCGGUUUAAAGCGCUGACCCUCUCGGUUGUGUUUGGAACCAUGGUUGGUGGCAUCAUAAUCCCCAAUGUGGAAACCAUCCUGGGCCUCACAGGGGCGACUAUGGGGAGCCUCAUCUGUUUCAUCUGCCCAGCUCUAAUCUACAAGAAGGCCCAAAAGAAUGCCCUCUCUGCCCAGGUGGUGCUCUGGGUUGGCCUGGGCGUGCUGGUGGUCAGUACACUCACCACCCUAUCUGCGAGUGAAGAGGCUCCCGUGGACUUGGCAAAGGAGGCUCCCAGUGGUCGCCGAGGGGAGGCUGAGGGCAUGGCAAAAGCGGAGGUGGCCCGGCUCUCAGCCCAGGACCCUGUUGUGGAUGUGGCAGAGGAUGGCCGGGAGAAGCCAAAGCUGCUGGAGGAGAAGGAGGAGCUGGAGCCGGCCCAGAUUAAGGGCCCUGUGGAUGUGCCUGGUGCGGAAGAGGCCGCGGAGAAGCAGGAGGCCGCGCAGCUCGAUCGCCCUGCCCAAGGUGUCGCUGUCCUUCUGGGCGAGGCCCACCGCCACGAGCCUCCUGUUCCUCAUGACAGGGUGGUGGUGGAUGAGGGUCAAGACCGAGAAGGACCAGAAGAGAACAAGCUGCCUUCCAGACACAUGGAUGGCGGGGCUCCUGGGGGCAAGGGACAGAUGGCGCCACCUCCACCCAAGUUGGAGAGAGAGAAGGGACCUGAGAGGGGAGAGGCUGGAAAGAGCCCUGAACAGGCCCAGUCCCUAGGGGAUGUGGGGGUUCUUCCUAAAGACCACCAGCAGGUCCCUGAGGCAAAUGGUCAGCCUGCUGUCCUGGCCAGGAAGGAGGACCCUGGACCAGGUCUUGAUCCAGGGCCCAGGGUAGCCCUUUCUGCAGAGGAGAAGGCCAGGGCAGCAGGGGAAGGGGAGGAGGCCGCGCAUCGAGCUGCAGGGGACGCCAGGAACGUUGUCGUCGAGAGCAACCCUGGUGGGAAGGUGCCCCUUCCGGCGCAGAGGCUGCCUCCCGGGGCUGCGCUGCCACGGGAGCAACGGGAUGCAGAGCAGGCAGCGGAGCAGCCAGGAGGAGACCAGAUGGGCAGCAAGCUGGAGGCUGAAAUUAAAAAGAUAGUAGCAGCAGAAGCUGGCAGGGCAGAGAUGCUGGACCACGCCGUCCUGCUGCAGGUGAUCAAAGAGCAGCAGGUGCAGCAGAAGCGCCUGCUGGACCAGCAGGAGAAGCUGCUGGCUGUGAUUGAGGAGCAGCACAAGGAGAUCCACCAGCAGCGGCAGGAGGACGAGGAGGACAAGGCCCGGCAGGGGGACAUGCAGCAAGAGCCUGGGGUGGCUGUCCCCAGAGAUCAGGAGGAGGCUCGAGAUGCUGGGGAGGUGGUGGAGAAACCCCCUCCACAGCCCGUGGAACCCGUGUUCAGAGACCCGGGGAACCGGCCUGCUCUACCCCAAGAGCUUGGCCAGCAUGCUCCAGAGGAGCCCAGGCUGCUUGUGGGAAGAGACCCAGCUGGACAUCCUGACAUGGAGCCCCAGGCAGCCCAGGCCAAGCUGAACAAAAACCAGAAGGGUGCUGUGCCUGAGGCAGCCAGGGCUGGGAAGCUGCUGGCCCAGGACCCGCAGCCAGUGCCCAAGCUGGACCCCACGGAGACACCUGAGAAUGCAGAGAAAGGCCUUGCUGAGGGAGUCCCCAGGGAGAACCAGGAUGUGUUUGGCAGAAGUUCCCAGGAAAGGAAGCAAACUGGAAAGAAAGCAGUAGCCCCUAGAGCCAGUGCUCAGAAAGAGGCUGGCAAGGCUGAGGCCGGGGCAGGCGCAGAGGCUGGGGACACCGUCAUGAAAUCCAGGCAGUCAGACCUAGGACCUGCUGUGGGCCCAUCCGGCAGGCCGGCAGGCAUGGCCCCUCAGCCCCAGGAUGGACCCGGUCAGCAGGAGCCCAGGGCCAACUCCGAUGGAGGCCAGGGUAGUCCCCUAGAAGCAAACCAGGAGUCCUUUAGAGGAGACCACGCACCCACUCCUCGCACACAGCCUAGAGCUGGGGAGGAGGCUGCCAUCCAGGAGCCCAGGCAGAGGUCAGACCCUGAGCCAGGGCCCAGACUCACAGUCCCUGAGGCUCAGAAGCCAGACAAUGCCAAGGCCAGCCGAGACCUGAAACUGCAAGCAGGCUCUGACCUUCGGAGGAGGCGGCGGGAUCUUGCCCCUCACCCAGAGGGUGAGCCGGCCCCAAAGGAUGGGGUCAUCAUUAGCUUUAACCCCCUCCCAGACAUCCAAGUCAAUGACCUCCGCAGUGCCCUGGACACCCAGCUACACCAGGCCCCCGGAAACGUGCUGCAGGUCAUCCAUAGCCGGCAGAUCAAGCAGCUGCCUGGGGCUCCUGAGGAGGCCUGAGCACUCGCACAGUGCUAGCCCGGUGAGGGCCACUGUCCCAUGAGCAGCCAGCCUACCUGCUCACACUCGCCAGUCCCCAGGAAGUGUAUCCGAGACCCUUGAAAGUGCUAUGGCAUCUAGCGACCUCCCCAUUGGCAUUGUGUGCUGCUGUGCUGUCACUGCCCAUUUUGAGGGACACUUCAUCUCUGUACCCGCCGGGCCCACACAACCCCAGCAGCUCUCAGUGGAAUGGCACGAGGCCCCUGCUUGUGUCCAGGAAAGCUGGGUCACUGCCUGCUGUGACCCAUGUGACCUUCGACACCACCUGGACUGGGCUGCCUCAGGGCUCUAAGAACCGCUAUGCCCCAGAACAGUCCUGAUGCUGCCGGGCUCCCAGAAGCACAAGAAAGCCCUGUGGGCACCGUGCCUUCCCCAGGCCUUGGCGUUGGAGAGGUGCAGAAAGGGAGUUCUCGGCUUGCAGGCUUCCGUCACCUGCACGCACUCUGGCGUCUGCUCUUUGAAAAAUAAAAGAAAAACUUAA